GACAAAACUGACAAUACAAACUACAUUUGAGAAGGUGCCAUUUUAUCAGCGGAAGAAAAAGACGUAUCUGAUCAGCAGUUAGUUUGAUCAGAGAGCUGUAACGUCCCAAGAGAGGGAGAUUUGGACGUUCUUGAAUUGUUAACUGAAAACCAUUUGAGGACUUCUUACUGGAAGCAUCAUGUCUCGUUCACAGGUUAUGAUUGUACUCCUGUAUUGUCUACCUCUGGCAGCCUGUUUGACCUGUUACACCUGUCUAUUCCCGGCCAUCUCUCCUAUGGACUGCUUUAAGUUUCCUCAGGAAUGUCCAGCCGGGCAGCGCUGCCUGUCCAGUAUUGCUACGGGAAGACGGGGCGCUCUACAAGUGACGAUGUACGAGAAGAGCUGUGCAGUCCCGUCCCAGUGUGGUGUGAGUGGACAGAAAUACGCCACGGGGCUCUUCUUCAACUACACCAACAUCUGCUGUGAUACAAACCUGUGUAACGGAGCCGGGUCCUUUGCUGCCCUCAGCUGGGGACGAGCGGCUCUCUGCCUGCUGCCGGCACUCACUCUCCUGCUGGCCUGAACAUCAGAGGUGGUGGUGGUCGGGGUCUGAAUGGGGUCACGCUUAAUACAGAAUAUCCAAGAUCUGGAAAGACCUGGAAAAGAUGUACACUCACAGGCACUUGAGCAUGCAUUUGUAAACAACAGGGUUUUUAAAAAUUCGUUUUUAAUAAAGAAUUAACAGGAAACUUGGUGUAUUAGUGAUGCACAGAAGCCCAUAUUAUCUGAUAUUUUCUUACCCAUAGUAUCUACUUACCUUCUUAAAAAGGUAAGUCUAAAAAUGUAAUAAAAAUAAUACAAAAUGUUUGACAGUUGUGUAAAGCAGCAUACAAAAACAAUUACAAAAACACAAAUAUCACAAUAUAUUGUCCGUAAAAAUAAACGACUGACAUCAAAAUAUAUGCAGUUGACAAAACAAUCCAUGUUGGUGUGAAAGUUCAAAGUUCAUUCUUCACAUUGGGAACAGAAGCUGACCAGUCUCACUUCAGUUUAGUAGCUGUUCUGGAGCUUUCUAUCACAUGAUCUUCAUCACGAGAUAAGAAUUUGCUCAUUUCAGGUGAUCACAUUUCAAAGGAUUUCCAUUAAAAAAAGUUGUUUAAUAGUUCAUUCCUGACUUUGGAAACAGCAGCUGACAAAACAAUCUGCACCUCAAGGUCCAUUUAGUGGCUGUUCUGGAGCUUUCAGUCAUAUCACAAGAUCUUCAUCAACAAAUUAGUAAAUGUUCAAGACUUCUCCUCAGCCAAUGAUGUCUUGAAAGUUUAAGUUUAAAUGUUCAUAUUUGAAACAUUUUGUAAACAGAUUGCAGAUGAAGAUCAUGUGAUAUGUUAGAAAGCUCCAGAACAGCUACUAAAUUGAAGUGAAACUGGUUUGUCAACUUCUGUUUUUAAUGUCAAUAAUGAACUUCGACACCAACAUGGAUGAGAAAUCCUUAAAAUACUCAGAAAAAAAUGGAAAUUUGAACAUCCAUAUUUCCAUGUCAACUGGGCGAAAGCUCCAGAAGAGAUACUAAAUAGAUCUUGAGGUUAGAAACUCAAAACACAUACCAUUUUUUUUUAAACAACACCCUUAGUUGGACCAUGCAUCAGUGCAUCUCCAAAUGACCAUAAUGACGACCCAAUAAUUAUGCUAAUGAAACUUAAUCAUUAAUAAAUUACACUAAAGAGAUGCCUUCUUUUUAUGUGUAUUUGCUUUGUAUGUACACAUUAUUUUUUGAAUUACCGUACUGACAUCAUGUUUACAAUCAUUAGAGCUUUAAGCGUACCACUUAAACAGACUAGAAAUGUUGUUUGCACCUUUUUUGUACGCUUUCUUCUUGACCAUCUCCAUGUUGUUGUUAUCCUCCAUAAUGGUUCAAACGUAAAUAAAACACAUUUGUCACUGGUUGAUUUAUUACCAAGAUAUUUCUUUAUUGGGAUAUUAAUAAAUGCGUCUUUGUAAGGGCUUCAAAAGUACAAAAUACAAUUUUUAGCUGUGCUAUUAGUUUGACUGUCUUCAUUGUUUAUUUUAAAUCUACUGGUUUAGUGUACAAACCACCG